AUGGCUCUGAGUGGGGCCCGGCCCUGCAAUAGAGGGACGCUUUAGGCUGUCCCGCGGCAGUUUGCCAGCGCCGGCGCUGGGGUGAGGCGCUGCGGUACCAUGAGGCGCCGGUAUUUAAGAGAUUAUGGCAUCUGAAACCCACAAUGUUAAAAAACGAAACUUUUCUAAUAAUAUUGAGGAUCAUUCCAUUGAUCUUCCUAGAAAAAAGAUCUCUAAUUUCACUAAUAAGAACAUGAAGGAGGUUAAGAAAUCUCCAAAACAGUUGGCUGCUUAUAUAAAUAGAACAGUUGGCCAAGCUGUGAAAAGCCCAGAUAAACUACGAAAGGUGAUCUAUCGCAGAAAGAAAGUUCAGCAUCCUUUUCCAAAUCCUUGUUACAGAAAAAAACAGUCCCCUAUAAGUGGGGGCUGUGACAUGGCAAAUAAAGAAAAUGAACUGGCUUGUGCAGGCCACCUACCUGAAAAAUUACACCAUGAUAGUCGAACAUAUUUGGUUAACUCCAGUGACUCUGGUACUUCACAGACAGAAAGCCCAUCAUCUAAAUACAGUGGGUUUUUUUCCGAGGUUUCUCAGGAUCAUGAAACAAUGGCCCAAGUUUUGUUUAGCAGGAAUUUGAGACUGAAUGUAGCUUUAACUUUCUGGAGAAAGAGAAGUAUAAGUGAACUUGUAGCUUAUUUGGUGAGGAUAGAAGAUCUUGGAGUUGUGGUAGAUUGCCUGCCUGUACUCACUAAUAGUUUACAGGAAGAAAAACAAUAUAUCUCACUUGGCUGCUGUGUAGACUUAUUGCCUCUUGUAAAGUCAUUACUUAAAAGCAAAUUUGAAGAAAAUAUUCAGAUUUUAAAACAACAAUUAAGUGGCUUGUGGGAACAAGAAAACCAUCUUACUUUGGUUCCAGGAUAUACUGGUAAUAUAGCUAAGGAUGUAGAUGCUUAUUUAUUACAGUUGCAUUGAGAUAUUUCGUCUACUAAAGAGCAUUUGGUUAUUCAAAACAUCCUGGAUUAUAUGAUUUACAAAAACAAGUCUCUUCUGAGAACUAUGAACUGUGGAAGAAACUGAAACCAUUUUUUCUUUUAAAAAGCCACAUAAUGAAACCACUAAUGAAAACCUAACAAUCUACUUCACAUUGAAGUGGAAAAAUAUCCAAACRGAGCAGCUUCAACUUCAAUGAGGUGAAAGUGCACUACAAAGAUUGUUCGCCUUUGCUGCAUUUGGGAUUUAUGUGGUUAUCUGGUAACAUUGUUUAAGAACUAUUGGUCUUAAUGCAGUCCUGCAUAAGAAUAUAAUUUAUACUAUGUGAAAAAAUAAGGCAGGACUUAUUACUAGGAACCACAAAGACCAAUCAUUAUUAAUUUUUUAUUGUGUUUUAUAAAAAAAACACUUGAAUGUGUGCAGCUAUUUUCUUAUGUUGAAUAAAUUUCAAAGUUUAAAACAUCAUAGUAAAUAAUCAAUAUUAAAAAUGUUCUGUCCACACUGAGAUACUGUGUAUAUAAAUGCCUUAAUUAUUAAUAAGCCAAUGUGUUAUGAUACCAAUAUCUGUUUUUUAAAAAUAAAAAAAAACCCACCAGGCAUGGUGGGUACAUG